AUGAAGACCACUUUCCUGCUAAUUUUCUUCUGGGGGUUCUCCUGUGCUCUUCCUGUCACCAAAUAUCCAAACACAGAUUCUGAGAGUUCUGAAGAAUUGAAGGAGAGUAGUGAGUCAUCAGAAGGAAGUAAAGAUAGCUCAAAGGAACAGACAAAUGAGGACAAGAUGGACUACAGUGAUAGUACUGAAUCAGAGGAAGACUUGGCCCUUAAUGAUCAAGAGACUGGUUAUAGACUAUCUGACAGCUCCUUUAAGAGUGGAAUAAAAGACGAUGAUAAGAAUGAUGAUGAAGAUGACAGCGGAGACGACACUUUUGUUGAUGUAGACAAUGGCCAGGGGUCCAUGGAAAGGCAUCAACAAGAAGGUGAAACCACCUGGCCUGGAAGUGAUGAUGAUUCUGAUAGUACUCUACACAACGAAGAUAGUGCCGCCGAUGGGGAAGAUGUCGGUCACCAUGCAGUCAGUCGUGAAAGCAGUCAUCAUGACAGCAGAAGCCUUGAAGAAGAGGAGAAUGAAAGUCAUAAGGUCCAUGACAGCGAUAGCGAUGAGUACACCGUGGGAGUAGGAAGUAAACAAAGCUAUAGCAAUUCCAGAGAUGAUUCUUCAUUUGAUGAUGAAGGAAUGCAAGGCGAUGAUGCAGACACCAUUGGGAGCAAGGCAGGUAAUUCCAGAACGAUCCAUUACAGCGUCCACUCAAAGAGAAAGAUUCACAAGACAAGAAGUCAGGAGGGGAGUAGACAAGAUUCAUCGGAUGUGAGCCAAUUGGUGGGGCAGCUUGGCAGGAACUCCUUCCAAAAGGCACGCAUCUCAGAGGAGGAUGACUGGGAUGAAAACAAUGAUAGCAACACCGCGGAAGAACCCACGAGUGAUUCCACCGAAAAGAGCCAAUCCCGUGAAAACAGCAACAGCCAGUCUCAGGAAAACAGCCAAAAUGUGCGGGAUCUCAGCAGGGAGUCCAGACCACAUGACAACGAUGAUUCUCAUGAAAAACAAAGUAAAUCCCAGGAAGAGAAUGAAAAUGUUUCACGGGGUGAUAACCCUGACUCUGAUAGAAAGAGUGUCGGUCUAUCUGAAGUUCAUAAGGAAGACAGUAGUAAUUCCUCUGAAGAGAGCAAUCUAUCCACAUCCUCCAAAUCAGAUAGUGAAUCUAGAGAGGAACAAAGCGACAGUGAAUCUAACGAGAGUGUGACCACCUCAGAGGAAAGCAAAGAGUCAACUGAGGAUGAAGACAGCUCCAGCCAGGAAAGCUUCCAGUCUCAGAGCUCAUCCAUAGAGAGCCAAAGCGCUUCCAAGGAGGACAGUGGGGAAAGGAGCUCUGAACAGCUACAAGGAGAGGGAAAUACUCAAUCUGAAGAAAGAGCAUUUCAGGAAAGCAGUAAGCUUAAAGAAAACGUGAAUUCUCACGAAAGUCAAUCAGUUAGCGAUGAAGAGAGCCUGUCCAGAAGCAUAGAGGUAGAAAGUAGAAAGCUGGUAGUUGACAGUUAUCACAACCGACCCACCGGAGACCAUGAUGACAAUGACUGCCAAGAUGGCUAUUAG